AGCGGGAAGGGAGAAGGAAGUGGGUAGGGGGAAAGAGAAAGCGAGAAAGGAGAGGGGGGGAGGGGAGGAGCCAUCUGCCCAUCAAUUAAUAAGAAGCUGGGGAACUAUCGCUGGAGCCCCAGUUCGGGCUUCAAGAUUUCUGCAGGCAAGCCAAAUCCCUUGUGUGACAUGGGGUCAGUCCCACCUUCUGGCUCCGAGCCUCGACGUCCCCGUCUGUAAAACCAGAAAUUGACGACCCAACAACAGGUCUUUCGGACGCGUUUGGCCCUCACCAAAGAAGGCCGCCCGAGCCCCUCUCCCCAGCCAUCGCUCUGCCCUCAACAAACAUGGCAAGUGCGAGUGACGUCGCCUUCCGUCGCCUCGGCCCCUCCCCUCCCUUGGAGGCGGCGAGCCUCAAUGACGGCAGCGGGAGGGCGCAUGCGCGGUGACGCGGCUCGGCCCGCGGCGACGGCGGCGAAGGGGCGGAGGGCUUUUCUGCCCGCAGUUGCCAAGCCGCGGCGGCCGAGGCGGGAUGUUGUAGCGAGGCCUGCGGGCUGGCGGCGGGGCGCGGGCGGGGCGCGGUGGCCCGGAGGGCCGACGCCGCCUGACGGACUCGGGCACAGCGGCAGCACGCUGAGGGGGCCGGCGCCGCCGCGGGAGGCCGCGCCCGCCAUGGCGGCCCGGGCGGUGCUGGACGAGUUCACGGCGCCCGCCGAGAAGGCGGCGCUGCUGGAGCGGAGCCGCGGCCGCAUCGAGGGCCUGUUCGGCGUGAGCCUGGCGGUGCUCGGCGCGCUCGGGUCCGAGGAGCCGCUGCCCGCGCGCAUCUGGCUGCAGCUCCGCGGGGCGCAGGAGGCGGUGCACAGCGCCAAGGAAUAUAUUAAAGGAAUCUGUGAACCUGAACUAGAAGAAAGAGAAUGCUACCCCAAGGCCAUGCACUGCAUCUUUGUUGGGGCACAGAGCCUGUUUCUGAAGAGCUUGAUUCAGGACACCUCUGCCGAUCUCUGCGUCCUGGAUACUGGCCUCCUGGGCAUCAGAGGAAGCGCCGAAGCUGUGGUCAUGGCUAGAAGUCACAUUCAGCAGUUUGUAAAGCUCUUUGAGAAUAAUGAGAACCUGCCCAACAGUCAGAAAGAAUCAGAGGUGAAAAGGGAAUUUAAACAGUUUGUGGAAGCCCGAGCAGACAAUUACACAAUGGACUUGUUGAUUUUGCCCACUUCCUUGAAAAAAGAACUUCUGACACUCACACUAGGCGAGGAGAAUCUGUUUGAAACCGGAGAUGAUGAUGUUAUUGAAAUCGAAGAUUCUAAACAAACAGAGUUCACCCAGAAUGCUGCCGCAGGGCUGACGAUGUCCAGAGAUGAAAUUGUUUUGCAGGAAGAUGCAAGAAAUAAAGCUGGGACCCCUGUUUCUGAGCUUACAAAACAAAUGGACACAGUCUUUUCUAGUUCACAAGAUGUACUUUUUGUUCCAAUAAAUGGUCUAAACCCCGAUGAAGAGGCACUUUGCAGAGGCAGAGUUUGUCACAAAAGGAGAUUUUCUGACUCAGAGGAAAGGCAUACCAAGAAACAGUUUUCUUUGGAAAGUGUUCAGGAGGGAGAGCCACACGAUGGUAAGACAUUGGCUGGCAGCGUGAUCAUUGACCUCUCUGAUUCUGCUGAUCCUGACAAUUUCAGUCCAGAGGUAAAAGACAAUACCGAGGAGAUGGAGUACAACAUCCUCGUCAACUUUUUUAAAACCAUGGGCUAUUCCCAGGAAAUUGUUGAAAAGGUCAUUAGGGAGUAUGGGCCAUCUACUGAACCAUUAUUGCUCUUAGAGGAGAUUGAAAAAGAAAACAAGAGAGUCCAAGAAGACAGAGAAUUUUCACCUGGUACUAUGUAUCCGGAGACCAGCAAAACCAAAAAUAAAGGUGUUUGUAGCAGCAUAAACGAGCUUACAACAGAUUCCACUCCAAAGAAAACACAAACUCACACACAACAAAACAUGGUAGAAAAAUUUUCUCAGUUACCGUUCAAAGUUGAAUCAAAACCUUGUACCUCAAAUUGCAAAAUCAAUGCUUUCAGGACAGUGCCAGUGGAACAGAAACAAGAAAUCUGGAAUUCAAAUCAGAGCUACCUGGGUAACAUAGACCUUGAAACGGACGGCCUUUCCCCCUCUGUUGCCCCUUCAAGUCCCAAAGAAGCUCUCAGUUUUGUUUCAAGAGGAGCUUCAAGUCACCAGCCCAGAAUUCCAGUUUUUCCUGAAAACGGUUUGCAGCAUCAAGGAGAGCCCUUGCUUCCAAAUAAUAUGAAAUCGGCCUGUGAAAACCGUUUGGGCUCUCCGCAGUCUAAGCCAAAUUGUCCACUCCUUUCUCAAGCACAAAUGCCACUGCACCAGCUGUUACCUUCGGUCACUGAUGGAAGGUUGGCAGGACCCUCUGAUCACAUUGAUUCGUCGGUUACAGGGGUUCAGAGGUUUCGAGAUACUCUGAAAGUUCCCUACAAGCUGGAGUUAAAAAAUGAACCCGGAAGAACCGAUUUGAAGCACAUUGUUAUAGACGGGAGCAAUGUUGCAAUUACCCAUGGUCUGAAAAAGUUCUUUUCCUGCCGUGGAAUUGCAAUCGCAGUGGAGUAUUUCUGGAAGCUUGGGAACAGAAACAUCACUGUGUUUGUCCCACAGUGGAGAACGCGGCGCGAUCCUAAUGUCACAGAACAGCACUUCUUAACUCAGCUCCAGGAGCUCGGAAUAUUAUCUUUAACUCCUGCUCGGAUGGUCUUUGGAGAGAGAAUUGCUUCUCAUGACGACAGGUAUGAAAGGCCACUUUCCUUUCUAAGGUGGGUGGGGGCUGUGAGGAGCCAACCACGGGCUCCGUCGGACAGUUGCCUGUGUCUGGACCUUCAUGCUUACAGGACUCACUCGAUUCCGGGGGUUGAGAAUUUCGAUAUUCUUGUCUCAGUGUGGCAGCCUCAAGUGGUCUUCAAACAUCUCCUUCUUCCUGGUUAUUUUUGGCCAGUGAUUUACCCCCCUCUUGUGCUGAGAAAACGAGUGUGGAGGUGGUGUCAGCGACAUCACCACUGGACCGCACUCCUACAUCCUGCUUUCGGAUGCCAAGCGUCUGGGCCUUGCGGUCAGCCGCAGGUAGUCUCCAGGUCUGUUGUCUGUCUUAUAACCAGCUCACCAGGACUCACUUCCCUUCACAGAGACAUGCAGCCCCUCCUCAACGCCCUGCCCAGCGUGGGCAUGUUUGACCCCAGCUUCAGGGGCCCUGGCGCCCAGGCAGCCAGCACCAGCCUCCAGCCUCCGGCCCGGGUGCAGGGCCCCCCACCCAGCCACUGGCUUCCUCAGCAGCCCCGCUUUCCGCUUCUGCCCAACCUGCCCAAUACCCAGCAGAACCUGCCCAUGCCGGCCCAGAGAUCGCCGGCCGAGACCAGCGAGCUGAGGGAAGCGCUCCUGAAGAUCUUCCCUGACUCAGAGCAGAGACUGAAAAUCGACCAGAUCCUGGGCGCCCAUCCCUACAUGAAAGACCUGAACGCGCUCUCCGCCAUGGUGUUGGAUUGACGGCGCUGAGCUCAGGGGCAGGGUCCGCGUGACGGCGGGGGCGACAAAAUGUGAAGAAACCCACUUCCCAGUGGAGAUGCUAUUGUAUAUAGAAAAGACAAACAGAUGUUUUGUGUAUAAAAAUCUGGGUUUUCAAAUCCAGCUUUUUUUCUAUAUAUAAAUUAAUGCUGCUAUUACAGAUUGAACAUUUUCUGUCAAAGGAAAGUACAUUUUUCUGCCUGUUCAGAACUGUUUAAUAGCAGUUACUCUUACGUGUAUUUACAUUUUUAUGUUUUUUAAACUAUUUUCCUUAAAGCUGAAAAUAUUGACAAAUGGAUAUGAUUAGCCUUUCUAAAUAAAAAGAAAAAGAGUUGCUUUCAUAGGGAAAGCAAGACCUCUUAAAGUAUAUUUUCUUGAGAUGACUAUUGUCACACCCACUAACAUGAAGUAUGUGCACCCCUCCCCCACCCAGCCUCCUCUGCCCUCAGCCCUGGAAUUAGUAGGAGUUGGGUUUGCUCCUGUGGGGUCUUUGUCUUUGGAGCCAUUUGUGAGAGUGGACAAGGGGUGCCACUAGAUGGCACCUUGUACCUAGCCAUCAUUAAUGCCCAGGGCAAAGUUAGACUCCAGACCAGCAGGGCUGCAAAAACUUCAGCGCUCACGCAGCAGCUCCUCCCCUCCCACCCGCAGCUGGGGACUGUGCCGUGCGGGGCCCAGACUCCUUGUCCAGCGCUCCGACACGCUCGCCAGGCUGAGGCCUCACCAUUCCUGACUUGACUCGAGAAGUCACACCUUCCUCUAAAGAUGAUAGUGGGGUUGAGGGAGUUGAAUGAACAGCCCCGCUGUUAUGGUCAUUUUAUGUCCACAACCGUGGGAAAUGCCCCAUGUGAAGUUCGUGCAGCUUUGCCAAAAAAUGGUUUUCUAUUUUCACAAUGACCCAAGCCAAUAAAUAGCAUUAGCAGCUUCCGUGGGGGCCCAGGGCCCUGUACUUUUUUUCCCGUGUUUGUCUCUAGUGUCCGCCCAAGCUGCCCUCCCUGUGAGCCUUUCAAAAAUGGAUAUCUUAGUGUUGUGUUUUCAGUGUUGCCCGAAUUUGUGUCAGUGAAGUUCUUUUCUUGGGCAAUUAAUUCUUAACAUCUUUACUGUUCUCUGGACCUUCAAAGGGCUUCGUAUUUUAUACCCGUUCUCUCCCCAGGCUGCUCUCGGUCAGCUUUAUGCCUGCCCUGAGAAUCCCGCCCCUCCUGGCCCAGAAACCACCGCGGAGGGCUGGUUUACGCUUUCCAGUGAGGGGACGUUGUUGGCUGUUGAGCAGAGCGGGGUGGCUUCUGUAGGCGAGUUUGGUCCCUGCAUCCCCCAGGGGUGAACCCAGAGUCCCCCAGGUGGCGAGCCUUCUACUCCACCAUGUUUUCUCGUGGCUCCUUCAAGAUGCAUCCUGAUGUGCAACUGGUUGUCAACUGUCACUUUGGGGUAGGUUGCCCGAGUCACCCAGCUGUAGACAUGGAGGUAGAAGACUUCCAUGAGGUGGGCCAGGAAGUGACGUCAGUCACAGCCUGUGCCUGGGCUUCAGAGCUGGUGGUAUUGAAAAGCACAGCGGACUUGGCGAGGGCUAGGGUUGUGUCACAG